AUGCCACGGUCAGACGCAGACCAGGUAUUGACUACCGUUCAUUGCAGCUCAUCUGUAUCUGCACCGAGUACGUUUCGUUCGACGAAAAAGAGCAGCAUUUUCUCAGCACGUUUUCAGUCCGACAAUAGUAGUUCCGUCAAAGAAUUAUAUUGGUAUCACCGCCAAGAUGGUGGAAGAGCUAGACGUUGUCGGGCUCCUUGCAUUAGGCACGACUCAGCCGCUUCAGGGAAAGCGAAUAGCCCAUAUACUAGCACGACCAACGUAUCCGUCAAUAACCAAGCAAACCGCCUGGUUUACGUUAAUUAUCAACGUUCUUCCAUCAUGUUCCUCAUCGACACGGAAGCGGAAGUCAGCCUCAUUCCAGCGAAUGCAAACUAUAAGCACUCAGAGCCUACGUACAAUCUGCGUACUGCCAAAGGUUCUCCGAUAGCUUCCUUCGGUCGGUGUAUGAUGAACCUGGACAUGAAUCUCCGCCGAGAAUUUCAGUGGGUCAUAAUGGUUGCCUCUUUUAUCUUCGAAAUUAUCGGUAUGGACUUCCUCGGACAUUUUGGGUUGCUUUUUGAUCAUGGCCGCCACAGACUUCUAGACGACUGUACUAAACUAGAGAUUGCAGGCAUUUUUACGGACGCCCCGAUAAUCAGUCCAGUUUUCCGAAUCGCUGACGUACUUUCAGAUUAUGUGAACCUACUGUCUGAAUACCCGCAACUGGUACGACCAGCUGUAGAGCUUCCGCCAGUCACGACAGAGGUUGCUCAUCCAUUGUCAUGCGUGGUCCCCCAACGAGUGCUCGAACAAGACGACUCACGUCCGACAAAUAACGUGCUGCAAGUGCUUCAGCUCUGUAUCAAAAGACCAUCCAACAGCCUUUGGGCAUCACCCCUCCAUCAUCAUCACCAUCAUUAG